GCAGCGGAGGGUCGAGGCCGCCGCCCGGAGCCGCCGGCGGGGCCGGGGCGGGCCCUGAGGGGAGACGGCCCCGAAGCGGCCGGGUGAGGUCGGGGCGACGCGGCUGUGGGAGUCUCACCUCUGACUGAGGUUACCUGGGUUUAAGAAGGCUAAAGCUUCACUAGAACUGAGACUAGAAUGGACAGUUACUUUAAAGCUGCAGUCUGUGACUUGGACAAACUGCUUGAUGAAUUUGAGCAGAAUACAGAUGAAUAUGAGUGCUUCAGAACACCUCAAAAUCCAUACGACUCAAAGCUGUCUUCAGUCCUGGAUUGCUUAGAGCAUGCACACCCCACAGCAGAGCUGCCAGAGGAUCCUGCUGGAUGUCAUGCCCCAGAGGAGAGCUCUCCCUGCGCCCCUGCAGGCACAAGGGACGUGCUCAGCUUCUCACCACCCAAAGAGAGGGGUGUGGCUGGACCUGACCUCUUGUCCACUGUGGACAGUAGUUCCCUAAAUGAAGCUGAGGCUCUGAGCCUGGGAAGGUGUAGCGUGCCUGUAUGUGAUCUUGUCAGUGACACAGCAGAUUUAAUCCCCUCAGUGGCUGCUCCAGAAGGGGCUCAGGAGCUGCAGCCAGAUGAGUUCCAGGGCAGCCAGGGGCCCUCUGGCUGUGGCGUGUCUUGUGUCCCCACUCCUGUUUGUGUGAGUUCACCUGGCUGCAGCGGGGUUGCCAGCACACAGCAGAGGGAUGGGGACUCGGUGUUACAAGAUUCAGGGCAUCUUACAACAAAACAAAUUAAUGAUUUAGCUUUAAAACCAGAGAGUUACGCUGCAGGAACAGUCCUGGGCCUGUGUGACGAUCAACAUGGGACAGAACCUGUAAAGUGCAAUGAAGUACUCGACCACCCUGGACAAACUGCUGCCCUGGAUCCUGAAUGUGUCACUGUAACAUCACAGAGUUGGAAUUCACACAGUCCCAAAGAUGAAAAACUGCCUUUUGAAACACAAGACCGCAGUGCAUGCUCUGCAGCAAGCAAAGAAGUGUAUGGAGGAAAUGCCAGAGGAAAAGUAGACCCAAACAAUGGGAGUAAUGCUGAUUCCAUGUCUUCAGUUCUGCCAAAGAGGCACCCGCUGCACAACAGCAAUGCAACAGUACCUGGAAAUUGUGUCUUGCCAGGCUCGUCAUGUCAAAUGGGAGCUGAAGUAGAAUUGGAAAAGAAAGGCACAGAAGAGAAUGCAGAUAGUGAAGAACUUAAUAGCAGUGAGAUACCAAGCAGUGUUUCCAGUUUGUGUAUGUCAGCUGAGGAUGUCCAGACAUCUCUGUCUUGUCUUUCCCUUCCUGUGUCCAUGUGUGGUUCCUUAGUUGUAUCAGAAGAAAAGGUUAAUCCUCUACCUCAAAAUGCAGUGGUGGAGGUUAUUAGUGAUACUGUAAGUGUUCAUGCUGGAGAGUCUAAAACUCAUCUCCCUGGCAGGGAAUCCUGUGAAAGUACUAGCUGGCAUGAACAAGAAGAUGUAGCUGAAAUCAGUGAAAGUAUUGCAGAAGAAAGUGGAGAUGGAGAGAAAUACAGUACUGAGAAUGUAAUUGAUGAUAUUGACUCUCAGCAAAUCAAAGCUUUUGCUUCUGCUUUUCUAGACGUUGGAGCUGAGCCAUAUGAUGUUGGUGUAGAUACUUUUUAUGAUGAGAGCAUGAGCUCUGUUAUGGCUGACCUCACUGUUGAGGACAAUGUUAUUAAAAGUGAUAUUCUAAUAAGCGACGCUGAGCUUGAUGAUUUCUUGUAUGGACAAAGUCUGCAGUCCAGUAUGUUGAAGUCUUCAGACAAUGAUGGUAACUUGGUGGAAGCUGAUGCAGAUGGAGGGAGUUUAACAGAUCUGAACAACCUGGAUUUCACAGAGGUCAAUGAAGAGCUUAUGCAAGCAAAACUGGAGGAGAUAAUGAGCAUUAAUAGUAACCUUAAAACAUCUAUUCCUGACAAUGAAGUGGAAGCUGCAGCAGAGGUCACCAUGUCUCAAAGUCAAGGCAUGACUGAGAGUGGCAGUGAAACUCUGGCUUCUGAUGUUUGUGUGAAAGGUGCAAGACCAAAGCAGUUGCUUGACCCUUCCCAAGGAGCUCCUGGUCAGAAACAACUGAAUAGAACUAAUGUACUUGAAAGAGAAAAUCAGGAAUGUGGUUCUGUUAGCCCAGAAGCUCCCCUCUCAGACACCAGUGUAAAUGCUGGUAAUACUGACCCUGGAGAAAGCAGCUCUGAGGCUGUAGGAAAUCAAACAUCUGAAAGUGCUGAGCCACGUAAAGCACCUGCAGCUCUGUCGUGGAAGCAGCCCCUGUGGGUCCCAGACUCAGAGGCACCCAACUGCAUGAACUGCCAGGCCAAGUUCACCUUCACAAAGAGGCGACACCACUGCCGGGCCUGCGGGAAGGUUUUUUGUGGUAGCUGUUGCAAGCGAAAAUGCAAACUGCAGUACAUGGAGAAGGAAGCAAGAGUCUGCACUGGCUGUUAUGAUGAUAUUAAUAAAGCACAGGCAUUUGAAAGGAUGAUGAGUCCAACUGGUCCUGUCCCCAAUUCCAGUGUCUCCUCUGAGCGUUCUUCCGCUGUUGCACCUGUAGAGGAGGCCCAGAUACCCGGGGGUGCCAGCUCUCCUUCACCAUCUGCACUGUUGCCUACCUCAGCACUUAAACAACCUGGUCCUGAAGGGCUGUGCCCCAGAGAGCAGAAGAGGGUCUGGUUUGCAGAUGGUAUUCUGCCAAACGGGGAGGUGGCAGACACAGCAAAGCUGUCCUCAGGAGCAAAGAGGUCGCAGGACUCCAGCCCAGAGAACACAGACCUGCCUGAGACGCCCGCGGCUGCAAACCCAGAGGAAGAUGACCUGGUAACUGAUGUAAAUCAAAAACUGAAGGAAGACCUAGAUAAGAUGACAAGAAUGGAAGAAUCACAUCCUUCUGUUCCUUCAGAUGGUGCACAGCAGGCCACACCAGGCCAGAGUGAGGUGGCACCUAGUGACAGAUCUGUCACUCUAGGCACUGAAGAGUGUUCCCCUGCAGCAGCAGAGAAGAGCAGUCCCAGUUCAGUGGGACAGAGCACACAGGCUGUGCCUGUCUCUGCUUCAAGCUACAGAGCACUGUGUGGGGUAGAGAACUGGGUGCGACGAGACAUCAGCCUUCUUCCUGAUGGUGAUCAGCUGCCUCCACUUCUGCUUGCACUGGGUGAAAAAGGGAAAGAUCUUCUGGUGGAGGAACAUCCAUGUCACCAAAAGGUCACCUUGCUGCUUGGGGAAGGAGGUCCUAAUCCAUUGACUUUUAUUCUAAAUGCAAACUUGCUUGUCAAUGUGAAGCUAAUAAAAUAUUCCUCAGAAAAGUGCUGGUGCUUCUCAACAAAUGGACUGCAUGGUUUGGGUCAGGCAGAAAUUGUCAUUCUGUUGCAGCGUUUGCCAGAUGAAGAUGUUUUCCCUAGUGAAAUAUUCAAAUUAUUUCUUGACAUCUAUAAAGAUGCAAUGAAAGGAAGGUUCAUAAAAAAUAUGGAGAACAUUACGUUUACAGAAAACUUUCUCAGCAACAAAGAGCAUGGCGGAUUCCUAUUUGUUUCACCAACUUUUCAGGAACUUGAUGAUCAGAUUCUACCAGAUAACCCUGUUCUUUGUGGCAUUCUUAUCCAUAAGCUGGAAAUACCCUGGGCAAAAGUGUUUCCAAUCCGUUUGAUGCUGCGAUUGGGAGCAGAAUAUGGGGCCUAUCCAACUCCCAUGGUAAGUGUCAGGCACCGGGAGCCGCUCUUCGGAGACAUUGGACACACGAUUAUGAAUCUGCUUGUGGACUUCAGAAAUUACCAGUAUACUUUGCAUACCAUAGAAAACCUGUUUGUCCAUGUGGAAAUGGGUAGAAGCUGUAUUAAAAUACCUCUGAGGAAGCACAAUGAGGUGAUGAAGGUGAUCAAUUCCUCUAAUGAACAUGUAAUUAGCAUUGGAGCCAGUUUCAAUACCGAGGCAGACUCUCACCUGGUGUGUGUGCAGAACAAGCAGGGCCUCUAUCACACACAGGCCAUCAGUGCCACGGGACAGCCCAGGGAAGUUACAGGUGCAAGUUUUGUGGUGUUUAAUGGAGCCUUAAAAACAUCCUCAGGAUUUUUAGCUAAAUCCAGUAUAGUUGAAGAUGGGCUAAUGGUACAAAUAACACGAGAAACCAUGGAAGGCCUACGUCAGGCCUUAAGAGACAAGAAGGACUUCAGGAUAACCUGUGGACAAAUGGAUGCUGGGGACGUGAAGGAAUACGUAGAUAUUUGUUGGGUAGAAAAUGAGGAGAAAACAAACAAAGGAAUUUUGAGCCCAGUUGAUGGAGAAUCAAUGGAAGGAACUCAGAGUGAAAAAGCACUACAAUACAGAGACUUCGAAAGAGAGGGAAAAGUUAUGAAGUGCACUGAAGUUUACUAUUUUGGAAAGGAUCAUGAACCCUCCAGUGCUGUUCCCCACCAGUUUGCAAAAGAGAUUGCCAUUGCCUGCAGCACUGCUCUUUGCCCUCACCUUAAAACCUUGAAAAAUAACGGGAUGAAUAAGAUAGGACUCAGAGUUUCCAUUGACUCAGACAUGGUUGAAUACUUAGCAGGAUCUGGAGGGCACCUUCUCCCACAGAACUACCUGAACGACUUGGACAAUGCUCUGAUUCCUGUGAUUCACAGUGGAAUGUCAGAUCCUACAGCUCUGCCACUGAAAAUGGAAUUAGCAUUUUUCAUUAUAGAGCACCUGUCUUGAUGAGGCCGAUUACAUGCAUAUACUGAUUUCCUAGAUCUGAACACCAAAGUUGUAAUGCUACAAACACUAAAAAUGUUAAAGUUUCUAAACCUUUUAUGUUUUAAUAGCUUUUCAAACUGUUUUUUUUUUAAACCUCUCAGAUCCUCUCUGCUUCCUCUGCCACAAAAGAGUCAGUUUGUGUCAAGAAGUUCUGAAAGCUGACACUUAAAUCAGGUGCAGAAGAGUGCAGGUUUUGUUACUGUCACACAGCUGCAGCACUUGGUAGGUGUAGUGUGACUCCAAGUCAUAGGAUCUUGCCUCUCACCCUCUCACCAGUGUGUAACUAAAGCUGCUGGGGCUCCGUGUGAUCUCUGCAAGAGCUCAACACUGGAGCAGGGCUGGCCCAAAACUGUUUCCUUUCCACAGCAAAGGGGUUCAGAGCCCAGAGCUGCUGUAGCUGCCUGGAGCCCCCCGUGUGCCAGGGCAGCUCUGGCAGCUCAGGGGAACGCUGUGGCUGUGUGGAUAAACACCUCACUGAGGUCCUUAACCUGGGGAUGUGAUGCUGGUGCUUCAGGAACAUACGCUCUCAAUGUUUUAUAGAGUAACUAGUUUCUUUCUUGUAUUUAUAAGGGUUUAUCUAACUUAAAUGGAUGCUAUUUUUAUAAAAAGUGCUUUUUCUUCUUUACUCUCGUCAGAAUUCCAUACACAAUUUGACCUUUCAAGGAUUAGGAAAAAACAGAUUACUAUUGAUGUGAUCUACAUGUAGCAAUAAGUGGGACAAGAAUUCUGCAGUAUUUUUUCUGCUCCUGUCUACUGCUCUUGCCACAUUUUAGUAGCCACCUUUGCUUUCAGGGAGAACAGAUGUAUUAAGUCUGAAUUUUCACAAACAGGUUGAUUCUAGUGGAAGGUGCCCCUGCCCAUGGCAGGUGUGGUUGGGACUCUUUAAGGUCCCUUCCAACCCAAACCGUUCUGGGAUUUUUAGUAUACCUGAGGUUCUUGGUAGGAUGUAUUUUUUAUACUGGGUCAUGUAGAUCUAUUUAUGUAUUUGUGAUGCAUGUGGUUUGUACUGAGGUUCAUCAAACUGCGGUUGGGGUUUGGUAGCAGCCACACAACUGCUUGUCGAGAACAGAACCAAAACUAAAUAUAUACAAGAUCUAUAUUGUUUUCAGUAAAAAUGCUGGUACAAUUUUAUAAUGAGAGUAUUAAAACUUGGAUGCCUUCUUGAUGCUAAUAGGGGAUAUUUUAUGUUUUUGUAUCAAAAACAAUUUGUAAUUAAACCUAAUCUGCUCUGCUAUUAUCUGUGCUUUAACACUCCAGUCCUAGAAGGGUUCAGGCCUUGAGAUCUAACCCUGGAUGGGGCUGAGCUGCAUUUCAGCCUCUGUGCUGACUUCUUCUGAGAAGCUGCUGUUAGGGAGAAGGGCUGAACCCACGCACAGUACGAACAGAACUGUCCUUGUUGAAAACAAGCUGCACCCAGGCCCUCGAGGGAGCCCCCCAGCAAGAGGCUCAACAGUGUUUUGGGUCUGUGACAGGGCCGGGGCACCUGAAGGAACAGCUGCCUCUUGGGACUUAACCUCUACUAACUCCUUUUCAAUAAUUAUCAAUAAAGUUAACUACAGU